UUAGUAUUGAAGCUGUAGCUGAAACCUGCGUACUACUUAAUUGCUUACCUACAUAAAAAUAUCGGUGCCUUGAAAAUGUUUUCUCCGGAGGAACAACAAAUUGAAAUUUGCUUACUGAAAUCGAACUUGGAAAAAAUUGGAGAUGAUUUGUUGGUUCAAAAUUCGGCGAUGCCCGCCUUAGACGCUGAAAACGAGCAAAAGUAUCGGGAGACCAUGUCGGCGCUGAGAGUUGCACGCUCCCUCAAUGCUGAAAGGGAGCGUCUCAACUUGGAGAAUGUGAAGUUAACAGCCAAACGCAUGCAACUGAAGCGACAAUGUGACGACAUUACUAAAACGCUGGAACGUGCGAGAGCGAAUCGCGACGACCUAGCUGGUUCAUUAAAACGCGAGGAACAAGAAAUGGAACUCCUAAUACGGAAAUAUGAAGAUUCUUUGCGUGAAAAAGCGGAGCGUUUUAGAAAAACAAGCUCGUUUUAUAAUGAGGACGAAAUGAAAGCAGAAUUGGAAAAAGCAAAUAAUUCAAUAAAAGAUCUUGAAGACGAAAUGAUGAAUCACCAAAACAUCGUGGACGAAUUAAAACGUACACUGGACGAGCUCCAAGCCGAAGUACCGGAAAACCUGCUGGCAAUAUUGUAA